CCCAAAUGCAGGCCGAGACAGGGAACAGGUGUUCCUCACAAAAAACAACGCGGAAUGACGUCAUGGAGCUCGUUCUAUGACGUCAGUAUCAGUUGAAGUUGGCGUACGACGCCGAGUCCCUGUCUGCGCUGGAACAGACAGACGAGCCUCACCAUAUACCACCCUACAAAUCUUUUCCUCUCCUGCGAUCGAGGAAGCGAUGGAGGAAGACGCGGCGAGUCGGGAGCUGAAGGACCACGAAAAUGGCGGAGGAGAGGCGGCGAAGGCGGUAAAGAUUAUCUCGACUAUCCUCGACGCAGAGGAAGUAGCGGAGAUGGAGGAGGCGGCAGUAGCGGAGGUGAUGAAAUGGCUGGAGGAGGAGAUGGGCUCCGCCGCCGUUGCCCACUCCCCUUCCACGCCGUCCUACAACGAGGAGACAUCCUUCGUCACCAUCAACGGCAACGAGGAGAGCUGCGGGCCGUCGUUCUCCAGCUCCGCGUCUACGGUCAUGGCCAGCAUCGACACCAGUGGCGGCGUUUGCGGAGUGCCGUACUUCGUCGGGUGCCUCUCCGGCGGCGCCCCGUGGUCGUCUGCGGCGCCAUUGGUCCGGAUGCUGGCGGAGCCAUCGGCGGCUGCGCCCAUGGCGGGGCCGUCGGUGGAGCCGCGAUCAAGUUAAAGGAGAGACGGGGAUAAAGAGAGUGAGAGAAAAAGAAAAGAAAAAGGACAGGCGAAAGAAAUAGAGACGCGUUUAUUGCUGUUUACCGUCUCCCAUUGGAAAUAUGAAAUUAGAAAUUAAGGAUGUUAUUCGAAGAGGCUUUUGUCCUUUGUCUCUCACAAAGUAUACAUAUAAAAACCAUCGAACGCAUACGUGGAAGAAAGACAUUGGGAGAUCUUUCAAGAAAGGCUGGAGAAGGAACAACACGUCAUAACCCACCCGGGAGAGGAGGAUAAGAUCGGCGUCGUGCGGGUGACCGCAGCGGGGUCGGUCUGCCUCUCCGGAGUACCUU